AUGGUGCCGAUGAUGAAGAAGCAAAUGGGAAUGGUACAACUUCCUGAUGAUCUAAUCAUUGAGAUAAUGGCUAGACUUCCACCCAAAUCUGCAUUGCGUUUUCGAUGCCUUUCAAAAUCCUGGAAAGCUUUUCUUUCAAGUCCUAACUUCAUCAGGAUGCACCUAAACCAUGUUACAGAAAACAAAUACAAGUAUAUGCAGCAGCUUGUUCUGUCUUCUACUUAUUCUCUUCAAUUGAUGAACUACACAGCAUAUAAAAAAACAGCUUCCACACUUGAUUUUCCGAUGGAAUAUCCAAACUGGAAGCGUUUUCCCACUCUUUUUGUCAUGGUUUUGGGUUCUUGUAAUGGCUUGUUAUGCGCAGCUGUGCCAACGAAAACUCUUAUCAUAUGGAAUCCAAGUAUCAGAGAGUUCAAGAAACUACCCCUCUCUUGUCCUUUGAAUGACAGCAAGCUGGACGGCUUCGGGUUUGGUUAUGAUCACUCUACUGAUGAUUACAAAGUCAUAAGAUUUCUUUAUUCCAUCGGUAGGGGACUCUUGUUGAUGGGGUCCUUUAUUGGACUUGUGAUAUGUUUAGAUAACCCUCAACAAGGCCAAGAAGGUGGUCCCUGUUCGGAUACUGCCCAUUGGAUUCUUGGAUUUGAUCUAACAUUUGACAAAUUUGAGGCUUUUCCACCACCAAAAGAUCUAAAAGAGGAAAGUAAGUUCACAUUGGGGGUGAUCGGAGGAUGCCUAAGUCUGGCUCAAAAUCUUUAUGGGGAUAGAAUAGAGAUGUGGAAAUUGGACAAGGGUGACACAAAAAAGGGUUGGAUAAAGGUAAUGACAAUUAUGAAUCCGCAAAGACUGCCAUGUCCGUAUGGUUUGGUGCCAAUAUGCAUUAUGAAAAAUGGUGAAGUCCUCCUUUCUUAUGAUGAAAUUAUGCUUUUCUCUAGAAGUGUAACAAAGCCAAGAAGAUUUGUGUUGUAUGAUACGGUAAAAGGCACAUUCAGGAAACUAAAAAUUGAUGGAAUAGGGCAAUGGUCUCGAGCAAUACCAUACAUUGAAAGUUUGGUUUCACCCAACUUAAUUUGA